GCUAAGAGAUGUGGCGACGUGCAAGCUCCUACUCUGAAAGGCAUAAACCUACAUAUAAGAAGCGGUUCUAUGGUCGGCGUCAUUGGCGCUGUAGGCAGUGGCAAGACUUCUCUUCUCUCAGCCAUUGCCGGGGAUAUGAGGUGCUUGGAAGGUAUUCGAGCUACUAAGGGAUCCAUGGCAAUCGUGCCGCAGACACCUCAAGUGUUAAACAUUUCCAUAAGAGACAACAUUACCUUUGGAAGAAAGUAUGACGAGAUACUUUACAGAACCGUGUUGCAAGCUUGUCAGUUACUUCCGGAUAUACAGAGAUUGCCGGCCGGCGAUUUGACCGAAGCAGGAGACAAGGGUGAAAUGCUGAGUGGUGGGCAGAAGCAACGCGUGAGCAUUGCACGUGCAUUGUACAGCAGGAGCGACAUCUAUCUCUUGGAUGAUCCCACGAGUUCCCAAGAUGCACAUGUAAAGCAAAAGAUUCUUGAGCACAUCUUCGGACAAGAUGGAGUUCUUUCGGGCAAGACGUGCGUCUUGGUGACACAAACUGCGCGACUUCCAUUUUCUGUGCGUCAGUGGCUACUGAUGCAUGACAAGAGUGUCGUGUUCAUCGACGACGUCAAAAAUGUGAAGAAUGGGCAUAAUGCAGCGCCUUUACAUUUCUUGGAAGAAACAAAAUUUCCAGCUCUGCAAUGCCAAACCGAAGAUUCGAGGUCAUACCAAGCCACGACCGCAAGAGAUGCAGCAAUUUUUCCGAAAGAUAAAGUGCCAUCUCACAAAGUGAGCAAUGUUCAGUUUGCUUAUAUCUGA